AUGUCAGAACCACAUCCGUCGUUACCUCCAACAUCUGCAGCCUCUGCACGGUCAGUGCGUCAGGGCCAAAUACUAUCUCGUCUUCAAGCGUUGUUUCCUGCAUCACAGAAUACAGCUACCACUGCUAACAUUUCCCAGAACCAAGUCUCAUUCCCGACCGCACGUCUCCCCUUGCCGAGAAAGCCCUCCAAGUUCAUAAAAGUCAGAAUACUGACAUGGAACAUGCAUGACUCUUUACCCAAGGGUAACUUGGAAGAGUUGCUGGGCACUGUUGCUUCAUACGACGGCUGCAAAGAAGUUUCAUUCGGUCCUUCGGCAUUUCCCCAAUUGAGCGCGGACCCUGGUCAUCCCUAUCACCUUGUUGUAAUUGCAGGGCAGGAAUGUCCGAGCUCCUCUGGCAUUCCAAUGGGUCUGGGUGCCGGUAUCAAAAUAGGCACGGCCGACAAGGAUCGCGAGAAGGACAAGGAGAAAGACGACAAGGAACACAGGGACCAUCAAGACAGACAUCCCCAUACCCUGAGUCAGAAACGCAAGGACAAGGAAAAGGACGAGAGUAAUCGAAGUUGGAAGAGUUCUGAUGACCUCUCAGAGCAAGUAGUCAGUUACAAUCAGUCCGGUUGGACAUCGAUACUGGAUCACUGGCUGUGCCAUCGAACGCAAGCCAAUCCCCAAUUUAACGGUGACCCAGCAUUGAAAGAUAUUGCUUCUUCGCCAAAGAGGCAGUCUUUACAUCGCCGCGUGACUGUAAAGGAAUCCGACAAGGGACCAUACGUGCACUUGAUCAAGGAGAGGAUGAUGGGUGUGUAUCUAUCGGUGUACAUACAUCGCGAUUUGCGGCACCUGGUACAAGGAACCUCAAAGUCUGCUGUAACCGCCGGUUUGAUCGGUGGGCGAGUCGGAAACAAGGGCGGAGUUGGCAUCAGUCUGAAGAUCGAUGGGUCCACAUUUCUGUUCUUAAAUGCCCAUCUUGCCGCUCACGAAGGCAAAGUUCAACAUCGCCUAGCAAAUUUAUCAAAGAUCAAGUCCGAGAUUGCUGUGGAUGACUUCUUGCCAUCGGGUGACCCAAGAGCUAUGGCGGAGGAUGUCACCGACAAAUUUGACUUUACCUUUCUGUUCGGAGACCUCAAUUUCCGCCUCGACAUCACCAGGCUCCAUGCAGAUUGGCUGAUAUCGCGCCAUGAGUACACCCAAGCUCUGGCCUUCGAUCAGCUCAAGCAGCAGAUGAAUAGCCCAGCCUUUCGGGGGUUCCAUGAGGCGUCAAUCAACUUCCCGCCAACUUUCAAGUACGAUGUUGUAAACAGAUCAAAGACGAAGCGACUGCGCAGUAAGCGAACAUUAGCGGAUAGGGAGGCCGAUAGCCACGAGACUGAAAAGGAGAAUAUGGAUGAAGAAGAGAAUAUUGAGGAUGGAGACUGCGAAGAAGCCCGCUCUCUUGCCUCGUCUGCUUGGACAUCUCGCUCAAAAGGUGUUACUUCAACCUCCGAUCCGGACGACGAAGACUAUGCGGCAGCAUUUACAUCGGGGCCCACGGUGAAUGACAGCAGCCGAACACCUUUCGUUGUGACGGCUGCACAUAAAGCAAAGGCGAAGUGGAAAACCUUGCUCUCGCCAUCUAUCAUAACUUCUCCAGUGACGUCUCCAGUGGCACGGUGGUUGCGCACCAAGAACGGUUUGCCUGAGUCGGGACCACCUCCGUCGCCUGUUAUUUGCAAGCAACCACCGUCUUUGGAUCCUUCGCUGGAAGACGUUCCUAUUGGAGGAAGUGAUCCGGUCCCGCGGCGGAAUGGAUUACUUCAGCUACCUCAGAAAGAGCACAGCAGCCGGCUGAUAUCACGAGGCAUAUCUGUGAAAUCGCUCCCAGACCAACCGGACGAAGGGGACGACAGGGCAGUUUACGAUUCUUCCCAUAAGCAACGAGUCCCCAGCUGGUGUGAUCGUAUUCUGUGGAAGUCCACCGUUAAACCAGACGUUGGGGAAGCAGAUGCAGACAUGCACGAGGCAACGAAGGGCAGAAAUCGUGUUGCUACCUUGAUUCAGGCACUGCGCCCCAAAGUUCGGUUUGACUCUGUUGACUCGUCCAAUUAUGAAGACUCGUAUCAAAUACACGAUCUUCCCACUCGGCCAUCUGCCCCGGUGGCGAGGGCACAGGGAGAACAUCCUCAGCCACGUCCCUUCAGCCUCAACCUCCCCAAAUCCCCUCGCUCAAUGCGACAUUCCAGAUCAGUCGAGGCUAUUGACCGCGUGGAUCAAGGUCUAAGCCUACCUGCUACGCAAGCCCAGGAGAGUCCGAUUCGGCACUCUGUACCGAAUGGGGUAUUGACUGCCAACUACAUGGAUUCACCGAAUCUCAACGCAGGUUUUCCGCCUGCUCACACUGCUGACGAACACACUGAGCCGUAUCUUUACAAGGACCCUACGCCAACACCGCCUGCUUCCACUCGAUGGCGAUUCUUCCCAUUCAGAAGAGACACCUCCCAGACUGUAGCUACACAAGCCACACAGGACAAUUGGACUCCUCAGUUUGCUAGAGGGGAAGUUGUCUGCCUUAGUUACGAUAGCCUCGAUGACAGGGGCAUGCGUCGUUUAGAAGCGCGCAGCGACCACCGACCGGUCAUUGGAUCUUAUGCUGUCUACAUGUAG